AUUUGUAGACGUUUUGGUGAAUUUCCAACUAUUAUGAACAACUAGCUUCUGGAAGCGUCCACAUCCACUGCUCGGCCCUUUGCACCAUGUACACUAAUCCCCAGUCUAACUCGGGACCCAGUGCCGCUUCGGCCCAGAUAUCCACCACCAACGCACCCAUCGUAGUCCGCACAUCCAAGCAAUGGGUGCUACCUCCCAGACCUAAACCGGGCCGUAAGCCUGUGUCGUUACCUAAAGCCGAUGGGCCUGUAGAGAGAAAGAAGAAGUAUGUCAAGAAGUCCUGCACUUCCGAGCUUUCGACGUCUUCGGCCUCCAGCUCUGAAAUGUCUGCUUCUUCUCCUUCUGCUUCUUCCAGUAUCAGAAAACAGAGUCUCCAGUCUUCAACAGUAAAGCUCCCACAGUCUACAUCGACUCGCAGCGCGGUACCGAUCCAUACCCAAGCCUCGCAAACUUCUCAAACCUAUUCACAUUCAAACUCUCAAGGCUCGCAAUCGAGAUCGCCAUCUGAGUUGCACGGUAACAAUCUCAACAAUAAUAGUAAUGGUAUUACUACCACCCCAUCGCAUUCCGCUCUGAAAUUUACACCCAUGCCGGCCAAAGCUACCGCUCCAACACCAGCAAUGAUAAUAUCGUCACUUUCCAAGAACGUCCGGGUUAUCGAUGCCGAAAACUUGUCGCUCAAAUCACAUCUUUUGUCGCUCAUUCACGACUACAAGCACUUGAAAGAAAUGGUGUUAAAUAAUGAAGGUCCAAUUGAAGAACCAGACGAUUUGGACAAAAAUGUCCACAAGCGUUCUUUCAACGAGUUGGUAACACAUCAACAGCUUGAAGAUGAUUUCGAGCUUGACCACGAGCCUUCGGAUCUUUCUACAGCCCAGACUACACCCUCUGCCACUCCAGCCGCAAAGACAUCGGAGAUAGACGACUUUGAGACGUUCAUCAAGUUCGAUGCCAUAACAACAACUGCUUCUUCUGCAAAGAAUCCUGUUACUAUGAAGAAGAAAAAGACUCACAGAAAGUUCAACCACUACAAGGAUUUUGAAAAAUUAGACACAGUAGAAGACUCUGACAUGGAUAUUGACUUCGAAGACGAUGACGAUGAAGAGAUCGACUCGCCUUCGUCUUCAGGAUUGUCGAGAACAACAUCGCCAUCUUCAGACUUUGAAAGCAAUUCACUCAUGAGCACAUUGACCAGAUCUACAACUGUGUCUUCUGUUAACACGACCAGCUUCCCACUCUUAGACAAAAAGGCUAGUCAUCCGUUCAAAAUAGGCAGAAGCAGUUUCUUUGAAUUGCCAAAGUAUGAUGAAGAAGACUCGGCAGAAUAUAGCUUCAAGUUUGACGAGUCUAUGAAUACUUCUUCUUUGAAGUCUAAUCAGGAUCAGUACAACAUGAUCAACGACUUCUUGGAAGAAAAGAUUCUCAACAACGACUUGAAGUACUACGUUGAGAAUGACAACGGGGAAAUGAGAUGGUAAAUGUCAAUCCCUACAACGAUAGCUAUUCAAUUGCCAGGGAAACAAUUUAAAGAAAAUCCGGCAAAACAAUUAAGAGAAUUCUAAUUCCACUAAAUUAUUGGGAUGAACUGUCAUUCCAAAUUGACGGAAUGAAUCUUCAUUCAUAACGAGAAUGUAAAUCAUUCCAUUGACUCUAUUCAAACCAUUCAAAAAGUUCGACGCUCGUCGCCAUGCCACCUAACGACAAAACACUACACCGACAGACGAUGAACGUCGUCACUAUAUUUAUUAUCUCUACUGGGGAAGUUGGAGAACGUCAAGACGUUCCACGGUCUGCUACGAUUUUUAUACUGACAUUUAUCUAUGAUUUCUUUAUGUUUGCUUCUAUUUAUUCUUGUUUUUUUUAUGUGAUAUUAACGACGCCUACGCACCUCGGCGCUUUGCCACUCAUACAUUCAUACAGCUAUAAUAUACAUGUUAUAUUCGUUGGA